UGGACCAUGGAGCCGGUGUCGCUGCAGGACUUCGCGCGCCACCUGGACCCUGCCUCCCUGCCGCGCGUCCUGCGGGUCUACUCCGGAGUCUACACGGAGGGCUCCAUCUACGAGAUCUGUGGAAAUGAGUGCUGCCUGUCCACAGGGGACCUAAUGAAGGUCACAAAGGUAACCCUGAAGAAAGUGGUCUGUCAGAACCCAGGCACAGGCCAGAAGUUGGAGCUGUCCCCCAACUUCCAGGGCCACUUCUGCCCCCUCUCCACCUGGAAGAGCUAUGGGACCCUGCAGGAGCUGGUCUCUGCCGCAGCUCGGAGUGCCACACCGCUGCCUCUUAGCUUUAUGUCCGCUCAGAGCAUUGUCACAAAGGAUGGGGUGGUGCCCAAAGAACGGACCCUCCUGCUUGAGGCUGUGGAGAUGCACCUCGGGAUCUGCUGUGCACGCUGUAACCUGGACUCUGAGACUAAGCAGGUCGUCCUGCACCUACCCCUGACCCAGGAGGGGCCCUUCUGGACAUGGAAGCCGAGUGCCUCGCAAACUCUGCUCGAGAUCCUGCAAGACCCAGCCUUGAAGGACCUUGAGCUCACCUGCCCCACCCUCCCGUGGCACUCUGUGGUCCUGAGACCCGAGUAUGAGGUCCAAGCUAUCAUGCACAUGCGCAAGACCGUGGUCAGGAUCCCCACUACGCUGGAGGUCGAUGUUCAGGAUGUCACAGCCUCCUCUCAACACGUCCACUUCAUCAAACCGCUGCUGCUGAGCGAGGUCCUGGCCCGGAGGGGCCCCUUCCCCCAGUCUGUGGAGAUCCUGGAGGUCCCGGAUGGGCCCCCCAUCUUCCUCAGCCCGUGGGUGAGCUCCCUGCGGAAGGGCCAGAGGCUCUGCAUCUACGGGCUGGCUUCGCCCCCCUGGCGGGUCCUGGCCUCCAGCAAGGGCCGGAAGGUGCCCCGCCACUUCAUGGUGUCCGGGGCCUACCAGGGCAAGCUGCGGCGGCGGCCCCGGGAGUUCCCCACGGCCUAUGACCUCCUGGGUGCCCUGCAGCCAGGCCAGCACCUCCGGGUGGUGGUGACAAAGGACUGUGAGGAGGGCGACGAGCACCCUGAGUUAGCCUCCCUGGCCGUGGGCGACCGGCUGGAGGUGUUGGGGCCCGGCCAGGUCCUGGGGACCCAAGGCCAGGACAUAGACGUGCUGAUAUGCGUGCGGCUGAGCGAGGAGGCCAGAGAGGAGGAGGAGGAGCGCGAAGAGGCCGAGGAGGACCAGGAGCAGGUUCUGCUGCCCCUCUACCUGCCUUGCGGUCUGGUGGAGGAGGUGAACGACAGCCGGCGCUAUAGCCUGGCAGAGCUGACUGCCCAGUUGUCACUGCCCUGUGAGGUCAAGGUGGUGGCCAAGGACGUUGGCCACCCUGCUGACCCUCUGACUUCCUUCCUGGGCCUGCGGCUGGAAGAGAAGAUCACAGAACCCUUCUUGGUAGUUGGCCUGGACUCCCAGCCCGGCACCUUCUUCGAGAUCCCACCCCGGUGGCUGGAUCUGACUGUGGUGGAGGCUGAAGGGCUAUGGGACCAGCCGGCAGCGCAGCUCCCCGUGGCCACUGUGGAGGAGCUGUCCGAGACCUUCUACUACAGCCUCCGGAGGUCCCCAGCCAGCGAGAGCCAGGCCCCCCCACCCAGACCCCCGAAAGGCCAGGGCCUGGGGGGGCAGAAGAAACAAAGCUGCAAGGAGGGCAACGCUAAGGUGCUUCCUCAGAAGCAGGCGCCUGGUGUGCGUGGGCCUGGCGACUGGAGAGGCGCACUCAAGUCUUCUCAAGUCUUAGAACUGCAGAAGUCCCCUCUGCCACCCAUACCCAAGGAAAAGACAUUGCCAGAUGCCUCCAAGAACGUAUACAAAAAGAUUUCUUUAAAGAUGGGCCUCAGGGCCAUCAAGGCUCAAACACAGGACCCAGUGCUAAGGGUUGAACCCAGGGGCUCCCCCAUGGCAGAGAGGCACCAUGCCCCUGCCCGUGAGCCCAAUCCCUGGCCAGGCCUGGGCCUUUAUGAAGAUAUGGAUGAUCACGACUAUGAAGAAGUAGUAGAGCAUUUUCGGAAAACCAUCUAGGCGCUGGAGGAGCCACACUUCCCACUGCUGCUUCUCCAGAUCCGGGAUACCAGCAGCUCUUGCAAGCCUGGGGUCAAUCUCACAGAAAUCACUCAGAUGGAGAAAGGAACUAAAAUGGGGCGGACAUGGUACCAGCUUCCUGUGGGUUUGAGGUUCCCACUUCUGCUGGGGGGCUGAUAUGUUGGGGCCCAGCAUCUUGCACAGGACUGUCUGAGCCUCAGAGCUCCCCACCGCUGUCCC